AUGGGAACACCAGGCCCAGGUAUUCCCAGUAAACAACCACACCUACUGGCAUCUGCAUCACAAAACACAAAGACAAGCAGCCAGAGCAGCAGCCAGCAAAGGAAAAUACAUGUAUUUUUCCCCUUUUCACAGGCUGGUGCUGUGCUGUUUCUGCUGAUUACUGUCAUAGUCAACAUUAAACUCAUCUUGGACACCAGAAGAGUCGCCAGUGAAGAUGCAGCAGCUCAAGAAUAUGAGGACAUUGUUCCCAACAUGGAGACGCCACGCAGGCCGGCUAGUGGACGCAAAGUCCUGGACAUUGAAGUGUACUCCAGCCGCUCCAAGGUCUACGUGGCAGUGGACGGCACCACAGUGUUGGAGGAUGAUAUGCGGGAGCAGGGCAGAGGCAUCCAUGUGAUAGUUCUCAACCAGGCAACUGGCCAUGUGAUGGCCAAGAGGAUAUUCGACACCUACUCCCCCCACGAGGAUGAUGCCAUGAUCCUCUUCCUCAACAUGGUGACCCGGGGCCGAGUCCUCAUCUUCACCAUAAAGGAUGAAGGCACGUUCCACCUGAAGGAUGCUGCUAAGAACCUGCUGAAGAUUCUGGGCAGCCAGGUGUCCCUCAACCUCAGCUGGAGGGACAUGUGGACACUGGUGGUGAAGAAAGGAGGUCAGGUGUAUGGAGAGAAGCACUCAAAGUCUCCAGCUCUGUCCACCUGGGGGGACCCGGUGCUGCUGAAGACUGAGGUGCAGCUCACCGCCUCUGAAGAGGCAGAGUGCCACUGGGCCGACACGGAGCUGAACAGGAGGAGGAAGCUCUUCUGCAGCAAAGUGGAAGGAUACGGCAGCAUCUGCAGCUGCAAAGACCCGGCGCCCAUCGAGUUCAGCCCUGACCCC